GCAGGUGGGCGGCCGCUGAUUGGUAGAAAGCUGUCAGCAGUCACCCGAAGAAGCCGCUGCAGACUCUCGCCUCUCACUUCUCCCCAGGACCUCUACCCUUAGGAGUCUAAGAUGCCGCGCGGAAGCAGAAGCCGGACCUCCCGGGUGGCGCCCCCGGCCAGUCGGGCACCCCCAAUGAGAGCUGCACCAGCGCCAGCAGCUCACCCUCCCGCAGCAGUCCCACCAUCUGCAGUGGCCCCUCCUACUGCUGCCCCAAGGCAGCCAGGUUUAAUGGCCCAAAUGGCUACCACUGCAGCAGGAGUAGCAGUGGGUUCAGCUGUUGGGCACACUAUUGGUCAUGCCAUUACUGGAGGCUUCAGUGGUGGGAGUAAUGCUGAGCCAGCAAGGCCUGACAUCACCUACCAGGAGCCCCAAGGAGCCCAGCCUGGGUACCAGCAGCAGCAGCAGCAGCAGUUCAGCCCCUGCCACUAUGAGAUGAAACAAUUCUUAGAGUGUGCCCAGAAUCAGGGUGACCUGAAGCUGUGCGAGGGCUUUAGUGAGGUGCUAAAGCAGUGCAGGUUUGCAAAUGGUGAGUGCUGGGUUCUGGGAUGUCCGUUUUGAAGUCUUAGAACUGUCCUUUCUUGUCUUCUGAAGACUCUGUCAUCAUAGUUUUUUGAGCAUCACUGCUUUGGGACCUCAGUCCUCUUCAGAGAGAACUACUAGCUAGCAGACAUUUCCUUUAGAAGUUAUUGUCUACUCUCUGGGGUAGAUUUCUGUUCAAGACAAGGAAGACUUUCCAUGAUUUGAGCUGUCUAUAAAAGAAUGGGCUGCAAAGAAGGAAAUGAUGGGUUUCCUAUGGUCGGAGUUCCUUAAAUAUAGCCUGGAUGGCUGCUACUUAUAUUUGAUUGGUGUUCUGGAGGGAGACCUGUUCUCAUUUGUAUCAUUCCAACACCGUUGUGAGGCACUGGUACUAUUAUCUUCAUUAUACUGUUGAGGAAACAGGCCCAGAUGCCAACAUUCCCAUGCAUGGUCACUUGAUGAAUGCAGUGAAUUUGAAUUUAAAUCUUUUGAACUACUCUGUGCCACUGCCUAACAAUUCCAGGUCUGGUAUAAAACAUACCUGGAUAUCUGAAGAAUUAUGUCCACUCAACAGUCUACACCCCAUUCUUUCUUUCUUGAAGUAGAUGCUUUCAAUAAAUGUAAUGAUCAUCUUUUUGUUUUGUAGGGUUAGCCUAAUUGAGACCCUCAAAAGAAGAAAUGGAAAAAAUCAACUCUGAAGACCAAUUUAAUUUAGCAUAAUCCAUAAGUUGGUAGUGAAAUGAUAAAGCUGAGAUCACCAGUAUUUUGUUUCUUUGUCUGUUUGUCACCAGUAUUCUUUCAUUUCAAGGGGAGGAGGGUAUUCCCACUGGAGAUACCUGAGGUAUGAUAUAAAUGUUGGGAUGAGGCAAAUGCUUGUGUGGUCUCAUCAAAAUUAAUGUUUAUGAUGUGAACUCUUAGUAAAAAGAACAUCUUAAGUUAUGGCUAUUACUUCAAAUAAAGUUAUUUCCUCCUGGA